GGGUCAAUGGGACAUGUAGAAGGAAGGGUGCUAGUAACACAUUGUGGGGGAAGGGACCGGUGAAAAGAACUGAGAGGCUGGGGGAGAGACUUGGGAUGAAUUUGAACUCCACGGAAGGUCUGCUUGACACCUGCUUUGGAAUUCUUUUCCCUCGAUGAGGUGGAUGAAGCUCAGAUCCCUGCUCAUCUUCCGAUAGGGCCGGCCUCAGUCAGACUGAGAUUUUCAUGCCUACUGACAGAGUUCAGUGGCUGUGAUUGAUGAAACCGCAUUCACACUGAGGGUCCAGAGUGGGAGGAGACCCCCCUAGAUGAUAGACUUCUGUAGAAUCCGUAUCCUCAGAUCUCUUGCCUGCACCUUCUCCUGCUGUCCAGAAUCCCCACGCAGGGCGUAAGUUAGUUUCCACUACAUCCAUGUCCUCAGCAUAGGAUUCAGGCAUCAACAUGAAUUGUAUCCUGUUAACCUUACUGAUGGUGACUGGUGGUGUUUCAUUUGUUAGUGAAGAGAUGGAAGAGUUGAAUCAUCUCUACUUAUUCUACCUGAAUUCAAGUUAUCAGUCUUGUGUGGGAACUCUGAUUGCCCCCCAGUGGGUGUUGACGGCAGCGCACUGCUUCUUACCAGAUCUUUGGGUCAUCUUCCAUGAUAGUUCCGCAAAUCUUCGAGACUUUCAUGGAGAGAUUUUACCUUAUGAGAAGAUCAUUAUUCACCCAAACUUCACUGCCACCUCUCCUAAAAAUGACCUCAUGCUGAUAAAGUUGUCUGUACCUUUCACGUUCUUCUCCACCAAUAUUUUUCAGUUGCCCACUCUCAAGAAUGUAGUUAAAGAUUGCUUGAUCUACACUUGGUUACAGACUAAAGACUUUAUUGGAAAUUCACAUAGUAAGCUGCAAAGUGUCACGGCUCAGUUGAACUUUAAUGUAAACUGCAAAGGAAUACUGGGCGAAAAACUCCUUGAAGACAUGUUCUGUAUGGGACCCACGCUGGGAAGUCAGGAUCACUGCCAGGUGGUCACAGCUGCACCAGCCAUAUGUGGUGGUGAAUUACAGGGAAUUUUGUCUUGGGAAACCGGAUGUGUUCUAACAGGAUACAUUGUUGUCUUCACUGACCUACACAGCUACGUGCCAUGGAUCAAGAACAUUGUUUCUACAAAAUAAGCUGAAGUAGAGCUCCAUUGAUACCCUUACCUCCCAGCUGAUCCACGGCAACCACAUUGUAUACCACAGUCCCAGGCUUUCCUAGGACCCAGGCUUCACUGGUGUU